AUGCUGAUCCGCCGAGCAGCAUCACUGACCACCACUGCCGUCAAUCUUCAUAUCCGGCGCUUCUCCACCGCGUCUCUCCUCCAGGAGGCGGAUAAUCCCCUCCAGUUCACCUACUUGGAUGGACUGCCCAGGCCCGACCCUAAACACGACGAAACCAUCCACGCGAUCCCACGCGCAGUCUCCGGCAAGAGCAUCGCCACCAAGGAGAGGAAAGUCGGCCGUGUACCCAGUAUUGUCUUCGAGGCGAAAGAUGGCCAGCACGGCGGCAACAAGCGCCUCAUUUCGGUACAGAGGAGUCGGAUAAAGAAGCUUGUGGAUCACUUGGGCCAGUCCUUCUUUCUCUCCAGGACAUUUGAUCUGGAGGUCCGACCCGAAUUUGGAUCCAUUUCGGGUCUUGCCCCGGAAGGCACUGAUGCAGUGCUUAAUGUCACGUUCAUCCGAGCCCCAUCUGAUGUUUGGUUGAAGGUCGAUGUGCCUCUGGUUUACAGAGGAGAUGAUGUCUCCCCCGGACUCAAGAAAGGGUCGUCUUUGAACAUAAUCAAGAGAACCGUUAAAUGUUCUCUGCCAAGCGGAUAUCAUCCCACCCUACAUUGA